CCCCUUUUUUUUUUUGGGGGAAACAGUAAAUCUGACCAUCGCUUUACUUUAUCUUGUGUUGUACGCAUCAAUGGUUUCUUCGACUGCCUCGCUUUCUCCUUCUCUUUGCUGGUUUCUGGAGCUCUGCAUAAGCAGAACCCAUGUUGGCGUGUUUCUCAGGCCGUCGAAGCUUAUGCAGAGCCCCAGCAAUUCGUUUCUUCUUACUGUUGCUCUUUUCCCUUUUCGACAUUUCCAUUUCUUGCUCUAGUGGUAGCUGCCAGGUUUUGGAAUCAUGUUCUUUGCCGACUGACUGUGGUCCGGGUUUGUAUUGUGGAAACUGCCCUGCUUUGGGAAUGACUCAACCCAUCUGUACAAGAGGCCAGGCGACCGUACCCACUUCCGUCAUUGCUGGUGGGUUGCCUUUCAACAAAUAUUCGUGGUUAGUAACCCAUAAUUCCUUCAGUAUUGUGGAUGCACCGCCGUUGCCUGGUGUUCAGAGGCUUACAUUUUACAAUCAAGAAGACACUGUUACAAAUCAGUUAAUGAAUGGAGUGAGGGGGCUGAUGUUGGAUAUGUACGAUUUUGAGGAUGAUAUCUGGCUUUGCCAUUCAUUUAGGGGGCAAUGUUUCAACUUCACAGCCUUUCAACCGGCGAUUAACACUUUAAAGGAAGUUGAAUCCUUUUUGAGUCAGAAUCCAUCAGAGAUUGUGACCAUUAUAAUUGAAGAUUAUGUGCAUACACCAAAAGGAUUGACUAAUCUGUUCACUAAUGCUGGUUUAGACAAGUACUGGUUUCCUGUGUGGAAGAUGCCAAAAAAAGGUGAAGAUUGGCCCACUGUGACUGAGAUGAUACAGGCAAAUUACCGGCUACUUGUUUUCACUUCUGUUGCUUCAAAGGAAGCAGAAGAAGGAAUUGCUUAUCAAUGGAAGUACAUAGUGGAAAAUGAGGCUGGCGAUCCUGGCGUGAAACCAGGCUCUUGCCCAAACAGAAAAGAAUCUCAGCCACUGAAUUCACGAAGUGCUUCUCUUUUCCUAAUGAAUUACUUCCCAACUUAUCCAGUUGAAGAUGAUGCUUGCAAAGAGAAUUCAACACCGCUUGCUGAGAUGGUCGGUACCUGUUACAAAGCAGCAGGAAAUGUGAUGCCCAAUUUUGUGGCAGUCAACUUUUACAUGAGGAGUGAUGGAGGUGGUGUUUUUGAUGAUUUGGAUAAAAUGAAUGGCCAGACAUUAUGUGGUUGUAGUACUAUUGCUGCCUGCCAGGCAGGAGCUCCUUUUGGAUCUUGCAAGAAUAUUACUAUACCUAGUACAAGUCCAGUAACAAGUACUGCAGGAAGCUUUUCUGGAUCUGUUCAGUUCUCAAGAUCCACCUCAACAGUCCAUUAUCCCAAUCGCUUGGUUGUGUGCUUGUUUUCUUUCCCACUUAUUAUGCUAUUGUUAUAACUACAAAGGAUUGUUAUCCAAUAUAGAUGGUUAGUACUUAAACACUUUUGGGAGGGCUUAUAAUAUUCUCAGUGUGUACAUUUUUUCGCCAAAAGGCUAGUAUACCUCAUAUCUGCCCUGACUAGGUAAAAGUUCAAGGAUUUCUUGCUAGAGGUAUAGAUUCAGUUAUAAAAGAUCUCAUAAGAUUCUUCUGUUGAGGCAAAAAAACAAAUGGUUGUGCAGUAUUCUGACAUAGACAGAGGCCAAGAGAGACCUAGAACGUCCAAAGUAGUAGUUCAGGUUUUCCAUGGGGACAUAGUACCAAUCCUAAGAGAAAGAGUAGAUGACCAGGAGUGUAGUUCAGAGGGUGAAGAACUGGAAUCGCAUCCAUUAUCCUUGGGUUAUCAUAGCUGUACUUUAACAUCUCCCAUUGUCUUGGUUUCUUUGACAUUUAGUUCGUUGCUGGGUCAAGCAUUCCCUUAUGAAAUGUUGUUGUUACGUUUAUGCUACUCAGGAAUUCAUUUUAGUGAUUCUCCACAUUUUGAAAUAAAGACUUGGUGUCUGCUUUGCUUAGCUUCUUAAAAGAUCUUUAUGUUAAAAGUUGAGAUAUUCUUUACGGUAAAAGUUAAAGUUAGACCGAACACAAGAAUGGAAAUUAGUCAUUUAUUUGAAAUUCAGUG